AUGGUCUCCACUUGUUCACCUGAUGACACAUUGUCCAAUGGGCCUAAAAGAGUGAUCUUAGAUCUAGACGGAGGUGGUGAUGAUGCUUGGGCUUUAGUAAUGCUGUUGAUGAAUGAAGCGAAGUACAACAUCUGUGUACAGGCGGUAACUUGUGCGAAUGGCAAUGCCGCUGUGUCCGAUGUAGCGGUUAACGUGUUAAGAAUACUGGAUAGUUUAAACCGUACGGACAUCCCAGUGUACCUAGGAGCCAGCGAGCCUCUUAUUACACCCGAGUCGAGUCGGAACAUUUCACACUACUUCUGGGGUAUGAAUGGUUUCGGCGACGUUGAGUUUGAUUCCACGCCUACAACGAGUACGCUACCAAUGGUGCACGCUGUUGAGAAGAUGAACGAGCUAUUUCAGGAGUAUCCAGGACAAAUCACACUGCUAGCUGUUGGUCCUCUAACGAACGUUGCGCUUCUGUACAAGAUGUAUCCGCAAACAAGGGAAAAAAUAGGUGCUAUAUACAUCCUGGGAGGAAAUAGACACGGUGUUGGCAAUACGGCAUUAGCAGCGGAAUUCAACUUUUUCCGUGACCCAGAGGCGGCACACAUUGUGCUUAACAGCUCGCCGAUGAUCGUGCAUGUGUUUCCCUGGGAAACGGUUCUUUCUCAGACAUUCACCACCAGGUGGCGUUUCAAAGAGUUCGAAGAGACGACUAACCCAGCUAUUGAAGUCCUGAAUCGCGUUGAACAUGAAGUGUACGCAGAAGAGGAAAUAUGGACUCCGUGCGACAUGUAUGUGGCAGCGAUUUUCUUGAAUGACAGCAUCCUGGAGUCCAUUCAGAGCUAUCACGCGGUAGUAGAACUAAAUGGUGCCGUUACUCGGGGCAUGAUGGCGAUUUUGCACCACGUCAAGGAUGUUAAACAGCAUAAUGUGGUGGUCAUCGACAAGAUAGAUGCAGAUGAGAUCCAACGAAUGUUGGUAUCUCUAAACGAUAUGUGA